AAUCCUUGGUUUUUGUCUUUAGUUCUGUCAAAUUUUAUCAACUAUGCUGCACAUUCAUUAUCAAUCCGUUCCCUCUCUUGACAUCCCAAAAACAAAGUCUACUAUGCAUAAGCACGAUCAUAUGUUCGAUUUUCGCCUUCUGCGACGCCUUGAUCGUGCAAAGCUGAGGAUUUUCUCAGCUCUGUCGUGUCUGGCGUUCUGUUUUCUUGUUGUUUUUGGAGAUGUUUAUGUUGAUCAAGUGAAGUUGCAUGGUUCAAAGGGUUCUAGGAAAGUGCUGGAGUCAGUUUCGAUGAGUGACUCUUUUACGAUGAGUGUCCCGAAAAGAGUGUCACCAAAAGAAGAUGUUGAUGAGGGUGAAAAGAGGAGCCAUGAUUUUAUUAGUUUGGUACCUCCUGUGAAUGUUUCUGCAGAAGAAAGAAUUGCUUGGUUUAAGGGAAAAUUACCUGUUUUUGAGAUAUUUCAGUCGAAUGCAAAGUCACUGAGGUUCGAAAAACGGGCUAAUGAAUUCUUUCAUGGUGCAAAUGGUCAUUGUGGAACUAGGUUUUUUAUGACAUGGAUAUCUUCAGCAAGAUCAUUUGGAGAAAGGGAGGUUUUGGCGAUAGAGGCACUUUUUAAGUCCAAUCCGAAUGGAUGCUUGAUGAUAUUGUCGUCGACGUUGGAUUCUGUCCAGGGUUUAAGGAUUCUAAGGCCUAUACUAGAACAUGGUUUUAAGGUUGUUGCAGUAACACCUAACUUGCCUUUUCUGUUCAAGAACACGCCAGCUAAGACGUGGUUUGAUAAAAUCAAGAGUGGAAAGAAGGAUCCGGGGGAGAUACCCUUGGCGCAGAAUCUUUCAAAUUUGAUCAGAUUAGCACUUGUGUACAAGUAUGGUGGGGUUUACUUGGAUACAGAUUUCAUUGUUUUGAAAGAUUUUUCAGGUUUGAGAAAUUCGAUUGGAGCACAAAGUUGUAAUUCAUAUGGGAAGUGGACAAGGUUGAAUAAUGCAGUACUGGUAUUCGACAAGAAACAUCCCCUUGUGUACAAGUUCAUAGAAGAAUUUGCAUUAACGUUUAACGGAAACAUAUGGGGACACAAUGGACCUUACCUUGUUUCCAGAGUGGCUUCAAGAUUUGCAACAAGAAAAGGUUAUAACUUUACAGUCUUGCCUCCUAUGGCUUUCUAUCCGGUUUAUUGGAGUCGGAUUAAAGGGUUCUUUGUGAAACCACAUAAUCGGGCUAGAUCAAAAUGGGUUGAAGCUAAGUUGGUUCAGCUAAAAGGGGAGACUUAUGGGGUGCACUUGUGGAACAGGCAAAGUAGUGGAUUAAGAAUUGAACAAGGAAGCAUCAUGGAGAGACUUAUUUCAGAGCAUUGUAUACUCUGCCAACACAUAUAUAGUUCUUGACGGAAUGCACCAUCUACAACACGCUUUGCUUUAGUAAGCUCUGAUUAUUAAGAUUCUUUAUUACUUGUUAAGCAAGAUGUUCCUAUUACACUAGUAGUUUACAAUUGAUACUCACUUCUGAAAGCAAAACUGAAUCAAAACAUAUCCUGUAUAUCCCGCUUGUAGACUUAAAAUACAAACUUUAGCUGGAUUCGUAGGAGUAGAAACCUUAGUUUCCAAUCAAUAAUCACUUCUCUCUGAGUGUAUUUCUGUUUUGUGUCUUGUUGAGUGUCAAAAAAUAUGUUUAUCUCAAUAAAUUCUACCACAUAUCAUGAUA